AUGGAUACACUUACGAAUCGACUGCAACAGGGCAGUCAGUACUUUGUUUACACGAGGGAUCAGCUGUUCGCACUGCGGACAAGAAAUCAUGCCGGCAAAGUUUACCCCAUACCGGAGGAGCUGGUGAGACGCUACCGUGGAAGCAGAGCUGGGGCGUUGGUGAAGGCUAGGCGCCUGCAGAAGCGGUGGAGGUUCAAACCAGCUAUUCCUUCGUUUGUGAUGGGGAAUGUAAACUCGUUGGCCAACAAGACAGAUGAGCUGGCAGCCUUGGUGAUGAACGUGAAGUUGUACAGAGAGUGCAGCUUACUGUGCCUCACGGAAACCUGGCUAACCAGCAACAUUCCGGACCUCAACGUGGAGCUACCCGGCUUUACUACGGUGAGAGCGGACAGAGACCUUAAGCUAAGUGGCAAACGGAAAGGAUCCCUCUCACAGCUGGAUGUGUGUGGGCGACCCCCCCUCAACACCCGCAUAGUGGGGGGAGAGGACGCCCCUGUGGGGGCGUGGCCAUGGCAGGCCAGCCUUCACAGUAGAGGCCGCCACUUCUGCGGGGGGUCCCUCAUCAACAAGGACUGGGUGAUGACUGCAGCACACUGCUUCCCAAGCACCCCCUCCGGCCUGGUUGUCUACCUGGGGCGGCAGAAUCAGGAGGGCAGCAACUCCAACGAGGUUUCCAGGACCGUCUCUCGGAUCAUCAGACAUCCCGAUUACAACAGCGACACCAGCGAUAAUGACAUCGUCCUCCUCCGCCUCUCCUCCUCCGUCACCUUCACCAACUUCAUCCGCCCCAUCUGCCUGGCAGCAGCCAACAGCACCUUCAACCGGGGCACCACCAGCUGGGUGACAGGCUGGGGCACCAUCAGAUCAGGAGUGCCCCUCCCCUCCCCACAGACCCUUCAGGAAGUGGAUGUGCCGGUGACGGGGAACAGGAACUGUUUCUGCAAGUACAACCCGAGAGGCGUCACCAUCACCGACAACAUGAUCUGUGCCGGGAGGGACGAGGGGGGCAAGGACUCCUGCCAGGGCGAUUCUGGCGGUCCGAUGGUGAGUAAGCAGGGUUCUGUGUGGGUCCAGGCGGGUGUUGUGAGCUUCGGCUUCGGCUGCGCCCAGGCAGAGUUCCCAGGAGUGUAUGCACGCGUCUCUCAGUACCAGAGCUGGAUCAACACCCAGAUCACCAGCGACCAGCCGGGCUUCGUCACCUUCACCUCCACCGGGACAGAUGCAGACCUGAGUGCCACCUGCACCGGCCUGCCUGCUGUCACCACCACCACCCCCGCCACCACCACACCGCCACUGUGUGGGCAAGCGCCUCUCAACACCCGCAUAGUGGGGGGAGAGGACGCCCCUGUGGGGGCGUGGCCAUGGCAGGCCAGCCUUCACAGCAGCCGCGGCCGCCACUUCUGCGGGGGGUCCCUCAUCAACAAGGACUGGGUGAUGUCAGCCGCAGACUGCUUCCCAAGGUGGGAGAGGGUGGUGUGCGAUGUUAGGGCGAUGGCAUCAUCUGUAGAUCUGUUUGGGCGGUAUGCAAACUGA